AUGUUUUACGAUGAUGAUCCACUCUCUGCAUCCAAAGUUACCACAUCACGUCAAACGGUUAUCGAGGUUAAAGUCCCACGCAAGAUUGUCGGCUCAGUGAUUGGACGACAGGGAGCUAAUAUUAAACAGAUACAAGAAGAAAGUGGAGCUAAGGUGCACUUCAAGGAAGAAAACGCACUGAGUACGCAAAAAGAAGAGGAACGGACUGUAGUGAUCCGCGGCACCUCGGACGCUGCUCAACACGCAGAGCUACUCAUACGCAGAAUCAUUGCCGAAAUGCCUGACAUUUUCACAGAAGAAGUCCGAGUCCCGGGCUAUUGCCUGGGCAGGAUUAUAGGACGAAAUGGCGAGAACAUCAGGCAGAUGUCUCGUACAUCAAAAGCCAAAAUCUAUAUUGACCGAACCCAAGACGCAUAUGGCAGAGACGCCCCUCGAACUGUCGCCAUAACAGGCUCGAGAAAACAAAUUGACCUUGCCAAGGGUCUGAUAGGAGAGAAGGUGGAAGAAGAGGAAACGUUCCGUGCUAAGGCGGCCGUGUCGGCGGCUAAUCAGGAUCAGAGAGGAAGAGAGAAACACAAAGAUGAGGCAGGACAAGCCCGCACACUGCAAGGAGCAGUUGUGAAACCAGAGGCUGCGUGGGAAGAGACAAAGAAGGUUCCUGAUUGGCCGGAGCAGAAGGACUACCUGGAGGUGUAUGUGUCGGCAGUGGAGAACCCCAGCCACUUCUGGAUCCAGAUCCUCAGCUCCACCGCUCUACAGCUGGACCGAGUCACCGAGGACAUGACGCGAUUCUACACCACGGACGAGGCAACCAGGGAUUGCCAAAUUCCAGACGUGACAGUGGGGGAUAUGGUUGCCGCGCCGUUUGACCAAGACCCGUCGUGGUAUCGGGCCCGAGUGGUCGGGUUCGAGACUGACCGGGCUGACCUGUACUAUGUCGACUAUGGUGACAACUGUUGGGUGUCUCGAGACCAGCUCAGACAACUCCGCUACGUAUUCCUACCUGAUUUCCUAAGCCUACCAUUCCAAGCUAUUGAGUGCAAACUUGCCAAUGUAAAGCCCAAAGGAGGUGAAUGGAGUGAGGAAGCUAUCGAAGUUUUCGAGGAGCUGACUUACUGUGCCCACUGGAAGGUCCUGGUGGCUCGGACCAUACGGUACGAGUCCCGCGGAGCGGAAAUGGUACCCUGCUUACAGCUCUACGACACCAAUGGAACACAGGACCUAGAUAUUAAUGAAGAGCUAGUAAAGAGAGGGUUUGCAGAGCAGGUAGAGCUGGACGCUACUGCCGCACUUGAAACAGACCUCACAUCACAAGAGAGGAAAAGUGAGGGUGAUGAGAACAGUGACGUUUUCUUCCGUGGAGCCUCGGCAGAAAGCGAGGUUGGCGAGAAAGUCAUUGUUCCUCCAGUCGACGAAAAUUGGACCUCUGAAUUCCCCUGGGCGUGGGCUUACAAUGAGGAGGAUGCCCCUUGGCAAGAUGCUGUACAUAGAGAAAAUGAAUAUUAUGACACAUGGUACGCAGAGAGAGCCAGCCUCAACCAAUCAGAUUCUCCGGAAAAGGAGACGAAUAUGGUUGGGGCUGAAACUAAACAAACGACAAUUUCCAAACAAGUUUCGACGAAAGAUGAUGUGCAAAAGAGUGAAAAUUCCACGGAAUUGAUGACAAGUGAUAAUGACUAUGUGAGAGACAAUGACAAAAAUGACUUUCAGUUUGAAAUUCUCGAUAACCGAGAAUGUGUCAAAACUGAAUCCACAGAACUUUUGAAAAUCAUUGACAGUGACUCUGAUCUGAAGAUGAAAGACGAGCCAUACAUUGAAAGUGAUUUCAAUGAUCCGACAAGUGUUGGCGACUUCGAAGUCUCGGCAAGUGACGACACCGGACUGAACAUGUCUGUGUCUGACGUGGACACGACAGACCAGGACAUGGGCAUGAGCAUGUCGGACAUGACAAGUUCUCAGUCAUCGGGCACUUUGUCGUGUGGUGAAAUCAUGUCGGACAGUAUGUGCGAGAACCUAGAUGACAUCGAGGUUUCAGAAACCCAAGUCAUGACUUUCGAUGAUUCAAAUGUGACCAAACUCCUGUCCGAUUCAAGUUUUGCGACCGAUCCUGAUAGUGGCUUGGACAGAACAAUCGAUGAUUCCAUGUUGGACAUACUAAACAUGUCCUCAGACACUAGUCACAGUUGCUCUGAAACAACAUCAAGUGAAAUCCCUCCUGUCACAGAGAGUGAAAGUGUUUUGACUCUUGAUAACAGAUCGAAUGAAGCCACUUGCGAUCCCUUCCAGCAUAAACCCAAAGAAUCUGAAGGUGUGGUUCCAGGUGGAGACUACAGCCACACUGGUGCCAUUCCUUCCGAUGCUUCUCAGUCCAUUCAUGACAUAACCAAAGAUGAAUCAUUUCGCGAAGAUCCUACUCAUAUCUCCACUUCUCAGGAAGGUGUUCGCCAGUGGGUUCCUUCAUCUCCUGACCAAAGUCUUUCACACUCACCCUCCACUGAUGAUGGGACCACGGACUUGACCAGUCACCACGGUGAUGAAUAUUAUGACAAUUAUGUUCCUGGGACAGAUCCUGAUGGACAGUUCAGCACUGCAUCUCAGGAGGCACUGUAUUACUCCUAUCCCGAUGAUGACCUUUCUUCUAUGGAUCAAGAUUCAGGUCUGUUGUCAGACACUCAGACCUUUCCCCGACUCGACCUCGACCAGUACUCUGGAGAAGUGAUUCCUGGCCAGCCAAUUAUUGUGGUGUCGGAGUAUCAAACCCCGGAGAGUACCCCUCUUGAAGAGACUGCUAAAUAUUCUUUUGAUGCAUAUCGAGAACAGGUUGUGCCUUAUACUGAAGAAGACGAUGAAGAUGAUUUUCUUGCCAAUGAGAAACUAUGUGAUAGUGAAACUACUGAAUCCAUGGACUUUAAACACGAACAAGUAUGUGAUGAUUUACAAGAUUACGAUAAUGCAGUAAUUACUGGCCCAGAUGAAUCCCAAGACAUUUUGGAUUUUUCACAUGAAGCAAGUGCAAUUCAACAAGAACCAUUUUUUGUUACGUGUGAACCUUGUGGUGAAACUCUUGACAAUGUCACUGAAAGUGAUCUUAGUUCCUCGCCAUCCUUUGAAGUCAGUGCUUCUGUCCAUGAGGUAAUUAGUGACUCUGUAACAGACGUUUCAAGGACUAUUUCACAGUUUAGUGAAACAGAGUCAACCAGAUUUGAUGAGCAUUUUUAUCAAGAUAGUAAUGCAAACAUGAUAACAGAUGUACCUGACAGUGUCUCAACAGGGUUUCAGUCCCUUACAGACAUGUCAGCUGGGUUAGAUACAUUUAAACACUCCAGUGUUUCCAGUCAGUCUCUAGGGGAUGACGACUACGAAGAUAAUGCCACUGAAUCCAUUGUUGCAGAAUCUGAGGCAGAGUCUCAGGACACCUCUGCUAGUGUUGUGACCGUAGUUGAAUCUAGACUUGUGGAUUUUGACAAUAUAUCUGAGAGUGCUUCCUUUGAGGAUUUUGCAAAUAUUCAAGAGUCAAGGAGCAUGGAGAGUCUUGAAGGCACAUCUGUGGAUGUGUCACGUGAGGCUGUGGAUGUGUCAGGUUCGUCUACAGUGCUGGCUGAGAGAAGUGAACUCUGCAGUGAUGGCACAUCGGUGGAUGAUGGGUCUGUAGGUGACAGCGAUGGAAGUGCAAGAGAAGUAGAUGCUGAUGGUUCUCUUGUUACUGCUUCUGAGGGGACAUCUGUUGAUGACAUAAUGGAUUCGAUUUCCUCAUCUUUUGACAAUGUCGACACAAAAUCAACCUCAUCUGAACAAAUGUUUGAAAGUGCAAGCGAGACUUCUUUAAUUGAAGGGACAUCAGUUGAUGAAGCAUUUGUGGCAUUGGUCGAGUCUUCAGUUGACGGGACGAUUGCAGGAGUAGCCUCAAAACCAGCCACUUACACAUCUGAAGAAAUUGUAACUGAAGAGUCAUCAGUGUGUGUAGCCUCAGACACAGGCUGCCAGUCAGUUUCAGGAUGCUGAAGGCUCCU